AUGGAACCGGGCCCGGUCCCUGACGAUCACCGUCCGGCCGAAAGCUUCCGACGCCAGCUUCAUCACCGAAUGGCAGUCCUCGCAGAUCCUGAGGUUCUUGAUGAUGCGGACCGUCGUCCCCGGCCUGGUUUUGAGCAGUCCGAAGGCCAGCGCCAGCUUCUCGCUGUGCUGGGCGAGGCACUGCUCCUUGUCCUCCUCGUCCAUGUCGAAGGAGACGGCACCAGCCACAUGCCUCGGCUCUUGUGCGCUCCUGAGCCUGGAGAUUUCAUCCAGCAUCGCGUAGAUUUGAUUCAUCUCGGGGUGGGAAGGAUCCCCGGAGGUGAACUCGUGGACGAUCCCUCCCACUUCGACGGAGCUCGACCCGGGGGGCUUCUGAAUCCUCCUCUCCUUCAUCGUCUCCCUCGUUUCCUCGACCUUGUCCCAUCUGCCAACGGAGGCGUACGCAUUCGAUAAGAACACUAGUGCUCCGGCGUUCUGGGGGUCCAACUGGAGCAUCUCCUUGGCCGCCAUCUCCCCCAUCUCGAGGUUCCUGUGAGCUCGGCAGGCGAUCAGGAGGGCCCCCCAGAGGACCACGUCCAGGUCCAUAGGGAUCCCCUUGAUCAGCUCCAGCGCCUUCUCUAG